AUGGGAGGACUUUCGGAGGAUAUGGAAGUCAAGGUGUCUGUCGAGGCUGCGGAAACCUUUGCCAACACAUAUUACGCAAAUUUAAACAAACCGCAUGGCGCGAAAGAGCUACAAACUUUCUACGUCCAGUCGAACCCUGCAUCUCCUCUGAAACCGGAUAUCACUCUCAACGGGAACCUCGUCAAAGACCCCACGGAAUUAGAAGCUAUAUUUGAGAAGCAGCCAGCUAAAACGCACUACGAGGUCCAGUCAUUUGACUGCCAUGUCUUGAAUCCGAAUUACAACGUUGGAGCCCAUGACGAUUCAUUGGAGCCGAACAAAGCAGGAAAGAAGAUGAGCAUUUUGGUCUUGAUCAGCGGAAGUGUGAGAUAUGGAGAAGAGGAAACUCAGGGUUUUACCGAUAAUAUUGUGUUGGUGCCGAACUGGGAAAUACUUGGCAAGCCUCCAAAGGGGAAAAGAAAGUGGCUUAUUCAGAGUCAAACCUUUAGGGUCAUACUCUGA